CCGGAUCCUGACAGCUGACGCUCCUUGACUGUGGCAUGGUGUGUUAUCUAUCACCGUUUGAAGAUGGCAGCCAUUGCUUCUUGCCUGUCCCAGAAGGUUCUAGGCCAGGGGAAAUGGAACUUAAUAAAGCAGCAGUACUACACUGGGUUCCAGUACCGGGUGCUGGAGGUGAUGUAGCACAUGGCCCAAAACUUCGUGAAUGUCAACAGAAACCUGACCAAGUUCAUCGCCAUCAGGAGUAAGUACGCUAGCGGCAAGCUCCUGAGGAUGAGCAUGAUUCUUCAACAGAGCUCCAAGGCCAUCCGGGACCUGGCCUCCCCGCUCCUGGGCCAGGCCCAGGCUGCCGUGGCUGUCUGUCGGAAGAUGCUUUCUCCUGCACUUUUCCAUGCCGACCUGGAACUCAACUUUGUACACAGUCCUCUGGUCUGUCUGAAAAAUGUCUCUCAGACCUGUUUUCUAAAGAUACAUUGA